ACUCCCCAUCGCAACUCACUCGCCAAUCAUGUUACCCUACUACCACCCUUCUUUGUUCUCUCCUACUUGGAUCAAUCAGAGAUUACCAAACUAGCAUGGAUCAACCAAGCUUUUCGAGUAGUUGUCUCCGCAGAUUUCAUCUGGGUCCCGAAUUUCCCUCCAACUACCCCUUUUAUAUUAAGCAAACUGUUUGAUCAAAGCUUGAUUACCAUAAGUAAAAAGGAUCUAUAUGUUAGGCUCUCCAAACCCAACCCUUAUGACGGCGGCACAAAGGUUUGCUUGUGGAUUGACAAGAGAAUAGGAGGGACAUGUUUGUCGAUUUCUUCAAAGAUGAUGGUGAUUAUGGGUAUAGAUAAUCGGAGAUAUUGGAAUCACAUUCAAACUAGUAUUUGCUGAAAUUCUGCUUAUACAUGAAUAUUUUGCUGCUAACCUAUUAGCAGGCUCUCCUAGUUAUGUUUUUGAGGAAAUUACACAAAACCCACAUUAAAAAUCCACAUUUCUGAAAGUAGGCCAAUGUUUUAACAUUUCAAAAAAAUGAAUUCUUUCAAUCCAUUAAUAUUCCAAACCCUAAUCUGAUUUGAAUUUCAUUCUCUCUCUUCAUACCCAUGUCUUCUCUCUCAAAAUCGCCGACGACGGAGGAUGGAAGAGUUGCUUCUCUCUCUUCGUUUCCCAUGUCUUCUCUCUCAAAAUCGCCGAUGAUGGAGGAUGGAGGAGCUGCUUCGACUUGCGUUGCUGGAAUGGAGGCUGUCGAGCGUCACUGCAGCGUCACCGACCAAUGCUGCUGCGACUGUAGCGUCGCGACGAUGCUGUUUAUCGACGCUGUCAUUCGCAGCAGCGUCACGACCGCUACUACAACAUCUGUGUGUGCGUGGGUGUGGUGUGUGUGUAGCGGCGGUGGCGUGAGGUGCGGUGGUUGUUGUAGUUGAUUUUUUUUUGUUGGAUGCGGUGCAGGCGGUGGCGACGUGGUGGAUAGUUGAUGGUGGUUUUGGAUCAAUUUUGUGGUGGUGUCGUUAAGAUCUGGGAUCUGCUACAGCGACGAAAUCGACGGUGAUCUGAGAGAUGAAAUCGGAUUGGGCGGUUGUGGCAACGGCAUGGUUGUGGCAGUGGCUAUGAUAUGGUUUUGGUGAUGUUUGGCCGGUAUGGUUGUGAUGUUGGCAGCGGUGGUGGAGAUGUUGGAGGUGGUGGCGGUGGUCGGGGUGGGAUAGGAUUGAAUGUUUGUCACCAAUUAUUUUGAUGAUUGUGAUUAAUAAUUGGAUAU